AUGGCGUCCCAUCUCCUGCCUGCCGGGGCAUACGACACUCACGUCCACGUCUUCGAUAAGCGUCUGGGCUCCUAUGCCGCUGGCCGUUCCUACACCCCAGGGGAAGCCUCCCGAGAAAGCCUUUUGGAAUUUGAAUCUGGGGUCUCCGUAACGGGGAAGCCUUGCAACAUCGUGAUUGUGCAGGCAUCACCAUACAAGAACGAUAAUGGCGUUCUGCUAGCCACUCUCGAAAGCUUCCGUAGGGAAGGCAUUAAGACGGCGCGGGGUAUCGCGGUGUUCGAUUCCCGGAUUGUCACGGAUGAGGAGCUUCAAUUUAUGCAUGAGUUGGGUGUCCGUGGGUUGCGGUUAAAUGUCCAGUCGGAUAGUAGUGGUGUGGAUGUUGGAGCCCUGGAAGAGGCUAUGAUACACGGCGCUGAACGGAUUAAGAACUUUCCGGGUUGGAAAUUGCAGCUCUAUGCGCCAAGUAGUGUUUGGGACUAUCUCUAUCCGGUCGUAUCAAAACUGCCUGUCCCAGUCAUCGCAGACCACUUUGCGGGGCUGAAGGCACUCUCUAAACUACCGCAAAUGGAUGGAGAGAACAAUUCCGCGACGGACGAAAAGCUCGUCCUCACUCAGCCGGGGCUGGAAGCCGUAGUUCGCCUCGCCGAGGAAUCUCGACUGAUAAUCAAACUUUCAGGUUUCUACCGCGCAUCCAACUCAACCGCAGACUGUUACCUGGAUCUAGCUCCGAUCGUGCGAUAUCUGGCGAAGAAGGUUCCUGGACAACUUAUCUGGGGCAGCGACUGGCCCCAUACUGGAGAAGCGCAGGCCAGAGACAUCGCGACUGCUGCGAUGACGAUUGAGCACUUCCAGAAAAUUGAUGAUGAGGGGAUACUUAGGAAUCUUAGAGAGUGGCUUGGAAGUGAUAAUAUAUGGCACAAAGUGAUGGUGGAAAACCCCAGGUUACUGUACGAAUAG